AUGAAUGUACACAGCUCUACCACUAUGGGAAUUUAUAAUGCAUACAAGAAAAUAAAACCUGAGCUAUUGAAACCUGUGAAUCUUAGUGAUUACCGUGGAAAGAGAGCAGCAGUAGAUAUUAUGUGCUGGUUACACAAAGGCAUAUAUUCAUGUGGAAAAGAACUGUGUUUGUCAAUGCCAACAAAAAAAUAUGUAAAUUACUGUAUGCGGUUUGUCAAUCUCUUACUGCAGAAUGAUAUUGUCCCCAUUAUCGUGUUUGAUGGAGCUGACCUUCCAAUAAAGGAAGCUACAAAUAACGAACGCAAAGAAAAGCGUUCUCUUGCUCUGAAACGUGCUAAAGAAUAUGAGGCUAACUGUGACGUCAAGAAUGCAUUAAUUUACUAUUCCUCUGCAGUCGACAUUACUCCUGAUCUGUAUAUCCCUUUGAUUAAGGAACUAAUUGCUCAUAACAUUUCGUAUAUUGUGGCUCCCUAUGAAGCCGACGCAGAGUUGGCCUACCUUUCUCGGAUGAAUUUGGUGGAUUUUGUAAUAACAAUCGAUAGCGAUCUCAUUGCUUUUGGCUGCUCGAAGAUUCUGUUUGAUUUGAAUAACCAAGGUGCUGGAUUCGAGUUUUCUCGAAAGGAUCUUUUUCUCUCUGAAUCCUUAUCGUUUACACAAUUCACGGAAGAAAUGGCUCUUUGCUUUUUCAUUCUUUUGGGAUGUGAUUAUUUGAAAAACCCGAAACAAUGGGGUUGGAAACGGUUGUUUCCUAUUAUUGAAAAGGGCAAAACAGCUUCACAAAUCAUUGAACUAGUGUGUGAAAGAGCCCAUAUGGACGAAUUGUGUGUGUGA